UUUAGGGUACAUUUUCUCCUUCCUUCUGUGAUUUGUCUGUGUCCUGUGUUGGGAGGGCCAGUGCUCGCUCGCUCUCUCCCUGCUGUUGAGAAUUGUGGGAGUUGAAGUACCAAAAAGCACCUAGAGGGAUGGUGGGCGGGACCAAAUGUCUGCAGUGUGGAAACCUUUUCAUUGAAAGAAUACUCAAGACAACUGAGUGCACUGAUAAAGUAAAAUAGUGUGAUUAAAAGGUAGGGAAAAACUCCAUUUUAUUAUGAAAUGGAGUUAGACUGAGUUCUCUUCUUCCGAACACUUCCCAGCAUAAUCUGAUGAAGUUCAUAGUUGAGUAAACACAAGUUCCUUAAAAGAACCCGCCCCCUUCCUUUUCAGGAUAGUGGCAUUUGUCUAUUGUUCUCUGAACAGCAAAUCUUCAUUUGCUAGGCACUGACAAGAAGCAUAUCCAUGAAACCAAUUUCUUGUGGAUGCAAAGACUCUGUUGAAAUAAGAAAGCAAGUAACUUAGGAUAGCUUGGAGGAACAAAAAGGCACUUUCUCUGUCCUUUGGAUAUGGGCUUGCAAAAGUGUGGUGGCUGUUUGAGUUGCUUGUUAAUACCUCCUGCGUUUUGGAGCAUUGUUAUAAAUAUCCUGUUAUAUUUUCCUGAUGGGAAAUCUCUAUACACCUCCAGUAACAACCUCACCAACUAUGUGUGGUAUUUUGAAGGGAUCUGCUUUUCUGGAAUAAUGAUGCUUGUGUUGGCAGUUCUUUUAAUAAUUCUGGAUCAAGACACCUUUCAUAAAUGCUGCCAAAAUGAGAGCUGCACUAGAUCAUAUAGGCGUUUCAUUUCAGUUGUGCUUGCCCUGCUAGGGAUUGCAUUUUCUGGAUACAGUCUGAUAUUAUCUACUCUGGGCUUAGUUCAGGGGCCAUACUGCAGAACUUCAGCUGGCUGGGAAUAUGCCUUCAAGGACACUGCAGGCCGCUACCUCACGGACCAAACGUUCUGGACUCAAUGCUCUGAACCUACUUACGUAGUGGAGUGGAACAUCAUUUUGUUUUCUUUCCUGAUAGCUCUUAGUGGUCUCCAAAUAUUGAUCUGCUUUCUAAAAGUAAUUGCUGAGCUAAAAAGUAUAUUGUGUGGAACCUAUCCUGUCUUUGUACAGCCUGCACUGAUAUGACAAUCUCAAAAUUUUUAAGAAGAGAAAAAAGUGAUUCAAUGCUUGGAGCUGCUAAUCAAAAGACAUUGUGGACCUAUUCUGCCUUUCCCUACUUAAUGGAUUAUUUUUUUUCUUUUUUCUUUUAUUAAAGAUUUUUUGAAACAAGAAAUAAGAUUUUGAACAAUACAUAGGCAUUGGGCAUGGAUGCAGAAACAGCACAUCACUUCUUUCCAUUAUAGACAACUAAAAAUUAAACAGAAGGCCAUUUAAUUAAUGCUUGUUUUUUUUCCAAGAGGAGACAGAAGAAACAAUAGGAUGAGGAAACAGAAGAGUUACCAGCUGGAACCCCUGUGAAGUUUGGGGUAAAGCAAUUGCACAAUAAAGUUCUUGUUUGGAUCUUCA